AUGGACUUCAGCUCCAUUCGGCGUAGGCCUGCCGCCACCACCUACGCCAGGCGCUCCCGCCUCCCCGCCAAGCCACAGCCGGAUCCCCCGGGGGCGUCGUCUGAUCCGUCCGGCGACACCUCUGACGAGGAUGCAGAGCGCCUGCAAUCACCAUCACCGCCACCUCCGCCGCCACGGCCGGCCAAGCAGCCUCGCGCUACGGCUGCACGCGAUGCUGCCCGCACCUCGCCACGUAAGGUGGCCCCGCCGAGGCUGGCCCGGACCAGUUCGGCGACAUUCGAAGCGGCCUCGUCGGAGGCCUCCGAACGGCCAGAGCAGGUGGAGCCGGGGACAGGGACAAGAACAGGGACAAGGACAGGGACAAGGACAGGGACAAGGGAGACUCCGACAGCCGAAGCGCCAUCGGUCCGUUCUCCCGCAUCGCGGGCUUCGGCCUCGCCGAGCAAGAAGGUCGUCCCAGCGCCGCCCCGUAACGGCACCGCACGCCCGCCGCAAAAGGCGAGGGCCUCGGCAUCGCCACAGAAGUCGGCGGCCAGGGUGCCGCUCCCGUCGAGGCCCGCAAAGGACCUCGACGACAUUUUUGAGCUGCACAGCCCGAGGCUCGACGACUCCGAGUCGUCAUUCCCCAACGGGAGCAGCCAGUUUGCGGACGCUGACAGCAGCAGCAGCCCCUUUGGCAUGUCGACGGUGACGGCGAAGGCGUCGACAUCAAGGGCGACGAGGUCAGCCGGCCCGAGCUACAGCGCGGGCCAGUCCGACUCUCCGCUGCUGCUGGGCAACACGCUUCCGACGCUGGAACGGCCCUCGUCGCCCAGCCUCGGCGCCGCACCGUCGGCCAAGCGGGCCAAGCUGUCGCAGCGGAUGGCGCCCCGGUCGUUGAAGCGCGUGCUGACCACCGAGGCCGAUGUGCCAGGAGAUGCGACGCAGCCGCGCAAGCGGUCCCUCCGGCGCACAGAGACCGACCCGCUGGCCGGAAGGCACCUCGAUCCAGACCAGCCGGGCGAGGUGCAGUCGCAGCCCAGCCUGCUGACGCCCAUCUUGAGCCAGGGCGUCGACCAAGACGACGGUAUCAGCGCCAGCACCGGCCACCGUUCGCUUCCCGGCUCGCCCAGGCGCAUCCGGCAGACAUCCGAGGGGCCCCAGAUCGACGCGGCGUCGCGCAAGAGGAACUAUGCGGCCAUCUCGCAGGCACCCGCCGCCACGGCCAAGAGGACCUACGGCAACCAUCGAAGCUUUCUGGCCGACCGCAUCGAGGACCACCUGCCGCCGUCCGAUCUAGACGGGCAGACGUCGGCCGCGCGCUCGACCAACGGCCAUGCGUCGGCGACCACAUCGAGCACUACGAGCAACGCCACCACCGCCACCACCAACCACCACCACGACAAGGACAGCAACAUCGAGGAUGAGAUCGAGAGCCAGAUCCGGGGCUCGCAGCCAUCGCAGCCGCCUCUGCCGCCGGACGCGUCGACGGCGAUCGCCUUUGGGCUGCAGCCGACGCGCGAGAGCUAUGCCGACCUGCUCAAAAAGUGGGGCGACAGCUACGGCGACGAGGACAUUGAGUGGGACGAGUCGCAGGAUCCCACGCUCGCCCUCAAGUCGAUCACGUCGCUGCGGUCGGCGGGCGAGCUGCGGCGGUUCAACGACGACCUCGAGUACCUCUUUUCGGGGCUGAGCCCGUCGGCCAGCAUCUCGGUGCGGCGCAGCUCGGCCGUCGAGCUGGUGCGCCUGCUGUGCGGCAGCCCGGACGCUUCGCUCGUCGUCGAUGGCAUCCACGUCGACGGGCCGGCCGAGGAUCCCUCGGCCUCGGCCCAGUCGGCCGAGUUCCUGCGCAAGCUCCGGGCGGUCGAGGGCAUCGUGAGGGUGUUUGACCUCUUCCGUGAGGCCGGUGCGGGGAGCGCCGUCGACGACGUGCUCGACCUUGCCUUGGCCAUGUUUCUCGGCAAGGUCGCCAAGAAGCCGUCGACGGCCGAGCCGCUGCUGCGCGAGCGCCGCACCGAGAUGCUCGAGUGCCUCUCGUCGAUGCUCACCCGCGCCUCGCGCUCCGGCGACGAGCGCAGGGACGGCCUGGUGCGCCUCCGGCUGACCGAGACGUCGUCGGGGGCAAGGCCGCUGGCGAAAAACGACCGGUCGGUGCUGCGCGAGCUGCGGUCGACGGCGAUCCUGUGCGGCCUCUUCCUCUCUGGCGCCACGCACCCGAGCCUCCGGAACCUGGUCCUCGGCACGCUCUGCUCCCUCUCGUCGCUGCACAAGAAGAUCGGCGCCGAGGUUCUGCGGCAGAUGGUCGAGCCGGAGCCCGGUAUGGACGAGGUGCCGACGCUGUUUUCCGCCGUGCUGCAGGGCUACAUCGCCGAGGGCCGCAGGUGCCAGCAGCGGCUGGCUGACUACUCAAAGGGGCUCGACCUGCUCUCGCACAACCCCUUCGACACCUGGCCCGACUUUGACGGCGUCGACCUCUGCGUCCGCUUCCUCGACCGCGGCAUGGAGAUGAUCUACGUCGGCACCGGCUCGUCAGUCGCCUUUGAUCGCGACGUCCUCGACGGCACCGUCAGCAUCCUUCGCGCAGCGCUGCAGGUGGCGCCGCUGUCGACAUCGCGCGCCAUACUAGCACAGCAGAGGGAAAGCGGCGGAGCAGGGACCAGGGACGCGCAGGCCGUGGCGGAGCGGGUGCUGCAGGUCAUCGCCGGCGUCGUCAAGCUCGUCCUCGACCUGACGCAGAUCGACGCCGAGUGGGCGCACGGCUUCGCCGCCUCGACCCGGCUGAUGGCCACACUGAUCCGGACCAUGUUUCUUGCAGAGGCCUCGGCUGCCAGGAAGACGACGACAAGAACAAGCUCAACUUCGGCUCCGACGCCGGCGAGGGCAGGGACCCGAGUCGAAGCGGAUCGCUCGAGUCCCGAGGCCGGCUCGUCCCCAGAGGCGGCGGAUCGGUAUGCGCAGAGGAUCUCGGCGCUGCUCGACGAUCUUGUCCACCUCUCGCUCGCUGCGCUCACCAACCUGCUGCUCAAGCAGGGCGGGGCGACGCGGGGCACGCUGCUCAAGCUGCGACUCAACCCUCGCUGCUGGCACCGCCGGGCCUGCGCGGUGCGAUGCUGCUGCGAAGCCGAGAGUGAGGGCGAGGGCGAGGGCGAUGUUCGCGAUGACGGUGACGACGGCAAGGUCGCCGACGCGCUGUCGCUGCUGGCGCGCCUCUUCUUGCGCAAGCAGAAGCUGGCCGAGCGAGACGGCGACGGCGACGCCGCCUACCUGUCGAACUCGCUGGCGACGGCCAUUGCUCAAUUUGCCGUGGGCGGAUCGACGUACUUUGAAGCUGCCCAGGCAAAGGCCAACGCGGCGUUCAUCGACGUCUACGGCGGCGGCGGCGGCGGCGGCAAGGAGGUCCACGGGAGCGGCUUUGCGGCGCUGCUCGACGCCGUGGAAAAGUUUGCGACCGACAUGCAGAGGGACGCAGCCAAAGCCGACGCCGACGGGUCGAAGGCGGCGACCGAGGACGCGGACGCGGCCGUCGAGAGGAUCGAGUCGGAGGCAGCGGGGCGGGACGGAGAAGCUGCGGCUGCGGCUGCCGCUGCCGCCGAGGAGGCGGGCGCGCUGAUCAAGGAGCUGGCACGCGAGCUGCGCACCAUGGCAAGUCGGUGA